AUGUCAUCUCAGACUAAGCCCUCCCCGAAACUCGAUACCACCUCCACCAUUACACCGAGCACUUCAUCCUCCACUCUGACUGUCCCAGGACAAGGAUCAGAGGAGUACAACAUCGAGAUUAUCCCUCCCAGUCCCAACCCUGACACUACCAGCAACUUCCCUUCCUCGGGCUCAAGCAACUGA